ACGCUCUGAGCACAGAGAGAGAGAGGGGAACCACGCAGCCGGUGAAAACCUGACACAUUCAGACAAAUUAAUUUAAAAGUGACCUAAGACUUCCUAUACCAUCAUACACUGACAGGCUAAAGAAAGUCAGAGGUAUUUAGAAGAGGUACUUUGUAAAAAAAAAAAAAAAAGACACAGGCAGAAUACCAGAGCCACCAGGAAGAAGAGACAUGAAUUUAAAUGACUUUGUGGUCCUUCGCAACAACAAGGCCAGAUCUGUCAAGCUCAAUGCCAGGAACCUGCAAGAAAUGCACAUGGAGACUGUAACUCUGGCCAAUGAGAGCAAAGAGAUGGAGGAGAAACUGCAACAGCUGAAAGACAGCAUGAGUAAAGAGAAGGAGGAGAGGGGAAAUUCAGGAAAUUUUAGAUGGACGUCUGGACGGUGUGCUUCUUCAAACAGCAAUUCCCUAACAAACAGCUCCAAGAAGAACAAGGAGAUCCAACUUCAGAAGCUGUCAGCAGGCAAACUGAAGAUCCGAGUGCUGAAGGACGAACCACUGAUAGUCCCACCUCAUCCACCACCUCCUCCUCCCACCGUGGGUCUUCAGAUGGCAAGAAAAAACAGACUGAAAGGAACGAUCUGUGGACAGUGUGAAGCCAAGACUGCUGGACUAAUGUGUGCCGAAUGUGCCGAGAACUACUGCGUUGGCUGCUUUGCCAGAUUUCACCAGAAGGGGGCACUGAAGCUCCACAGAAUGAUCCCCAUUCAGACAAAUUUGCAGACCCAUGUGACCAUUGGAGAUGUUGUCAGCUGCAUCCAGAAACAAAGUAACUCGAGCUCCUUUGCCGGUACCUUUAUGAAUCCAAGUUCCUGUCUCAACAAAGGUUCCAAUCACGCUAUCACAUCCAAUGCAACGACCAGAUGGAGGGAUGAGAGCCCAGAAAAAGGAACAGAGGUUAAGAAGAAUCAUAUGAAAUUUCACCCUCACUGCAGCCAGGAGUUGAGGGUGAAUCAUGAAGAGGAGACAAAGGUGGGAAACCCUGAGGAUGUAAAAAGAGGAUUCUCACGUUUUCUUCAUGAAGGAGAGUACGAUGAGGAGGAGUCUGCAAGAUCUUUCCAGGAGGCCCUCCAAGACUGGAGAGGAAGGAGGAGUGAUGGUGGAUUAGGAUUUAUGAAUCCAGAGGCAAUGUGGAUACCUGUCAGACCAGUAUCAGUGUCAGCUAUGGCAACCCAAGCUGACCUCCCUCCAGAGAGGGACGCUGAAGGACAACGAAGAGCAGCGGAAGGAGAGAGGACACCUAUCAAGGUGGAGUUCACAGGAAACAGCCUUUCCUACAUAGACAGACUGCUUCUCAAGAAACACCGCAGAACACCGAUUGAUACUAAUCAUCCAUCACUGACCUGUGGAAAAGAUUUAAAAUCAAUACCUACUUCAAACACUGAAGAGGAGACUGAAAGCACCUUUACCGCUGAGGAAGAGGAUUUCCGACGCUACUGUGCGUCAUUGUUCGAUGUUACAGUGAGCAGGGACAGCACUGAGCCACAGUCUACUACUACUACACCUGUAUCGUGCAUUGUCAUAGAGGUCUUGGAUGAGACAAAUAGAGACACAAAGGGAGUCUGUGCUGCUGAUCAGAAGACAGAUGACAAUACAGAGAUGACCUCUGUUCAGCAGUUCUCCAAGAAAGAAAAAAUACUGUUUACCCAGACAGCUAGUGGUGGGUCCUCAGGAGUCAGACACUUGUCUCCUUGUCCAACACCACCAUCCAGACAGUCUCGAGCACUUGUACAACCCAGAAUACAUCAGAAGCCCCCUUCAUCUGAGCCUAAGACUUCACAAGCCGAGCACUCAGUUAAAUCAUUCUCCUCUAAACAUAAGCCACCAGCAUGUCUGGCUACAGACACAGCUUUGAGGGCAUCAAUCAAGACACCAACUUCAAAACUACCAAGGUCCAUUUCUUCUCCCACUAUCCAGGAACCUAAAGCUAAAUGUGGAUCGCCACAACUUCCAUCCUCAUUACCUCAUUCCCAGUCGGAGGUCCCCAAAUCUUCUCUCUUGCCUGAUGUAUUAGCUAACAACUCACCAGCCCCAGAGGAGCGCCUCACCUCAUCUCCAUCCGUAUCGUUUUCCCUUCGGUCUACGUUCACAGUCUUGUCAUCAAGCGCCACAGAGUCAAUCUUAUUGCCCAAAGUUUACCAUUCAGUUCCAUUACAAAAGGACCCAGGCUCAUCUCUCUCUACAGAACAACUCCAAUCUUGCCAGUUAUUCGCAGAACAAAUCUCAUCUCUAAAACUCAGUGGAUCAUCAAGAAGCAAUCUGAUGCCCCCACAGCAAUUCCAACAUUACCCAGAGUCUCUAGUAUCAGACAAUCAACUCCAGCUACCUUUGUCACCUCUGUCCGACAGCCCACACCCUCCACCCAAAACCUUGGUACCGAAUCUACCACAAAUAAGCCCUGUGCUCCAAGCGGUACCUUCAAAAACCCCAUCAAGAUUAUCUCAAUUUAAUGAGUGUUCUACAGAGGCAUAUUUUAAAUAUAGAUCAACUCCAAAAUAUGAGGAUUCUCCAGUUAUUUCGUCUACUGCUUCACUAUCUGGUGAUCACAAAUCAACUCUGUCACAUCAGGACAUGCAGGAUAUCCAGUCAUCCUAUCCCUUAAAUGUCAACCAGGAUCUUUCCUCAGCUGUAGAAACUGAGGAAGAAGAGGAGGUCUCUAUUGACAGCGGAGAUGAAAUGUCCAGUGAUAGCCUGGGUCUCGCUCCACAUGAAGGAGACUCCUCAGACGAGGAAGCUCAGACGUAUGGACGUUUAACGAGAGGGAGAUCCAGAGAAGAGAAAGACAAUCCUGCCAUAUCUCAUCUAAGAGAUUGCUUUGUUCGUGCAGAGGCUGAAGAAGAAAAGGAUUUGCAGACUGAUACACCCGAACAGCUGUCAGAACCAUCCAUGGUGCGCAACCAGAGUGCUGGGCCUGGAUCAGAGCGCGUCUGUGAUCUGGAUGGGUUUUCGCCCCUAGGUUUUGACAUGAAUGCUGGUCACUCCGACACACCAGAACCCACACACUGUGGCCCACUUCACACAUGCCAGUUUUCACUGCAUGACGCAGACCCGACAGAGAGUUUUGGGUCAAGGAGCAGCCUCAGAUCUGACACAGAGGAAUGCCUGGUUUUUGGAGUUAUGAAGGACACCUACAUGCAGUCGAGUGGAAUUCAAAUUCAUUCAACCAACAGAAGGGAAAUACAACCAAAUGAACUAGGAACAUCUGGUCCACGGUCAAAUCUGUCCACACCAGCUCUCUCUCACACUCUGAGGACAAAGCCACGUUCACACUCUACGCUCGUCUCUCCCCGCCUCUCUCAUUCACCUCCUUCAUGGGGCUCAGAGUUUGGAUCAGCAUUCCGUCCGUUGUCCCGAGCAGCACAAGAGAUCAUGGAGAUUUGCGGUGUAGACCAGUUGGGCUGUGAGGACCCAGACCUGGAUUCAGACACAGCCGCAAACACACUCCACAGUCUGGAGCAGGAACUAAGAGUCACAGCCACGGGGACCCAGGCGCUGGUAUUUGGUACUGGAAAUGGUGGAAGUCAAGAUCAGCACAACAACCAUCGUUUCACACUGGGCAGAGUCAGCGACCAACAGAAGGAAGAGGAGGAGGCUGCGAACAGAGACCGACAGAGUGUCCUUUCAUUACCCUGAGGCAUGUGUAUGGAGUGCGGAAAACACAAUGGAUGCAAUUUAAAGCGUGUUCCAGAGACGCUGAAGAUUGUCUUCUUGAGGAAAGAGAUAAAAAUAUAAAUGUAACGCUUUGAAAAAGUUUGCUAGAAACUGAAUAAAUAGUGUUUUGAGUUA